UGUGUCCAUGAACGUAUUUCCAUGGUACGUGAAAAAUGAAGGUGAAGCAUACGCGGGCUACAACAAUAUAACGUGCAGAAGGAUGAACUCCUCUACCUUGUAGAGUUAUAAAUCGUGUACACAUUCAUUUUCAAUACAAAGAUAAUAAACUGCAAGUCCCAGCAUGCAUGGCAGCAUGUAGACACGCCUACCCAACUGGAACAACCAAUAAGAAGUGAGGAGGGCGUUUCCUGGUUUGGUUCGAUACUGAGAAGAAAUAUCGGGGAGCAGUUAGAUAAAGCCACAGACAUGCCAGAAGGUCCAGAGCUUCUCCUCGCCAGUGUCUAUGUUAAUAAAGUGUGCAAUGGAUUGCGCUUCGGAGGUAAAGUGGAGAAAUCGGAAGUAAGCAAGAAUCCCGAAGUCCCGUUUAGCUGUCCCGAGUACACCAUCAGUGCGGUGUCCCGGGGAAAGGAGAUGAAGCUGCUCCUCACACCUGCAGAUGAAGCAUCUGAAGCGGCCUGCGUGGUCUUCAGAUUUGGCAUGUCUGGAGGUUUCAAGAUGGCAACAGAGGAUGAGAUCCCUAAACACGCUCACCUGCGAUUUUACUCUUUGGAUAAGCCGCGGAAAGUUCUAUGCUUUGUAGACCCACGACGCUUCGGAAGCUGGCAUUAUAAUGGCACGUGGCAGCUGGAACGCGGGCCUUGUGUGAUGACAGAACAUGACCAGUUCAGGGAGAAUGUUUUAAACCACUUGUCUGACAAACCAUUUGACAAACCUAUCUGUGAAGUCAUGCUGAACCAGAAAUACUUCAAUGGCAUUGGCAACUACUUACGAUCAGAGAUCCUAUUUCGGCUGAAGACUCCUCCAUUUAUGCCAGCUCGUACUGUCUUGGAGAGUAUCAAAAAUCUAAAACAGAAGGAAGGCCUCUCUCUUAGUAAGAAAGUCAAGAUCAAGAAAGAAAACCCAGACCUUCUACAGCUUUGUUAUUUGGUGCCUAUGGAGGUUAUCAAAUUGGGGGGCAAAGGUUAUGACCCUUGGCAUACAGGGGAGUAUUCUGUCUUAGUAAAGUGGUUUCAGUGUUACAGCGUCCCCGGAAUGAAAUCUCUUAGAGACAGCAAUGGAAGGACGGUGUGGUUCCAGGGAGAACCAGGUCCUUGUGCUCCAAAAGGAAAGAAAGUGCGAAAGCAACGCAAGUCUAUGGAUACUGAUGUCAAACCAAUCAAGGUUGAAACUAAAGCAACUAAAAGGAAAGCUCCAAGGGACAAGUCCAUAGCUGUAAAGAAGGAAAGCGAGGAUGAAGUGAAGGUUGAAGAAGGGGAAACUGCUGUAAAAAGAAAAAGAUCUAAGAUGGUGAAAGAUUCAACUGAAGACACUAAAAUAAGAAAUCUGGGGGAGCGAGGAAAGAGGGGAAAGAAAACUGUUACUGACCCCGAGGUAAAAAUCGGUAGAGGUCAGUCCCGCCGAGACUCCAUGUCAAAGACUCCGUCAAAAAGAGGAAAAGCCACAAAACAGCAGUCAGAAGAAGUCCUUACACCUAAAGCCAGGCCGAGGCGGCUAAAGGCUGACGUGGGCAGCCAGCCACGGAACUCUCCAAAGAUGAAGCCCAGAACAAGAAAAUCUGCUGUACGUACCGCUAAGUCAUGAACAAGACCUAAUGCAAGCCUGUCUGUUAAGGAAUCCUCCUCCUAUUGUAUCUUAUGCCUGUUGGCAGAGAUUCGCUGUUACUUCUUAACCAGUAUGAUCCUUCAGGGAAAAAACGUUUUCUUUUUUAAUUAUUGUCUGUCAAAAUAUUGAUUGCUUUUAAAAUGAAUAACAUUUUUAUAUUUUGCAGUUAUAAAAUACAUUUAUA